UGGCAUCCACGCGCACUCCGUGCAGCCAAUCACAGUUCAGCUUUAACCAGUUUAAUAAAGUUACUUUUUUCGCAGUUUCAAUUUAGGUUACGAGGAAUCAGGCGUGUAGUUCACGGUGCUAAAUAUGCGGGUGAACAAUCCACCUCUGUCCAUGUGGAACACACAUCGUCUUAAAGUCAGAGAGAUUAGGGAGAGUCUUUUGUAAGAAAAGAAGAUGUAUCUAUGGCGCUUCUCUAUCGCCGUAACCCUCGGUUUGAUGUGGUAUUUUUUAGACUGUGGUUGCACAGUGACUCAGUACUUUUUAUGUUUGCUCGUUUGUUUUUCUACUCCACUGUUAUUCGGAAACAGUGCACGAGAGUGCAGCACUCAAACUGAUGAAGAGACAAAGGAAAACCCAUUCCAGGAAACUGUUGACAGAGAGCUGUUUGGUGACUUGACAGAUGGAGGAAGCAGCAUACAGGCUGAACCACUGGAUUCUCAGUAUCAAAAUGUAAAGAUGUCUCUACGGCAAGUGUUUGAGUGUGCCUACGCUCAGCUGGUCCUGCCUUGGUACGGCCUUCCUGAGCCAUGCAAGAACCAGCCUCUGCACCAGGUGCUCAGCAGAGAGUUUGACUUUGUAAUCAACCGGAUCAUUGGGCGAGCCAAAGACUUUGAUGUUUGCCAGGCCAUCGUGGGCUCCGUUCGUAUUUUGACCCAACAUUUGCAUAAUGCGAAGCAGUCUGACAGAGAGCUGUUGUUCAGCUCCAGAGCAGAGGAGAUCGCAGUUCUCCGACAGUUUUCUGACGCCCUAGUACGUAACCUUUUACCCGAAUCUCUCUGUGACCUAGAAGUCAACCGCUGUGCCUUAAAUGAGGUUAUUGCUUUAAAGGGGUUGGGUCUGUUGGUGAAAUGGCUGUCGGACCCCGACAACCUGAACCAGCUGGUGGUGAGCCAGCUGGACAGCGUGACCCCCAAAGGCUCUGUGGAGGAGCUGUGUGGAUCAGACCAGGAUCAAAACUCUCUGGCUUCACAGGAGCGUGAAGGCGAGGGCAAGGGCAGUGAAGAGAGCUUGGAGGGAGCAGGGAUUUCAACCAGCACCAGGAUCAAGGCCAAAAGGAAAGCUAACAAGUUAAAAGAAGGAUGGUCUAAAUUUGUGGACAAGGUCAAGUCUACGAAGACCACGAAGAAGAAGAUGAAAAAUAUAGAGCAGGAUUUGAUGCUGAGGAUGCUGUUGAACCAGGGAGACAUGUCCAACGAGUAUGAUGUUGAUGACAGCAGGGAGGGCUCUGUUAACAGCCAGCAGAACUCUGACAGGGAGGACGAUGAUCUGGAGAACUACUUGACAAGCGUCCAAGAGGACAUGAUGGAAUUCAAGCUGUCGUAUGAGAUGUGGCGCGUUGGCCGCUGGGCUGUCAGCAUCCCUCAUGCCAACUGGGAUGAUGAGGAGCUAAUCUUUACCAUUCACCUGGAGGAGAAGGGCAGCCCUGAGAACCUACAGUGGGACAUCAGGAAGACCUACAUGGAUGUUAAAUACUUUCGCAACACAUGGCAGGACUCGACCAACCUGCCCAAGAUCCUGGUGCUGGAGGAGUCGGAGGUCAACAAUGACUUUGAAGAAGAAGCCAGGGUAUCUGUGGAGCAUUUCCUGCAGGAGUUAGUUUCUGAUAAUGUGAUUGGCCACACUCAACCGGUUUUCCAAUUCCUCUGCCCACUUGACAAACUGCUGAAUGAGGAGGAACGUUAUGAAGGCGUGUGGGGCCUUCUGAGUGGCUUGGCUUACCUCUUGACUCCAGGUCAAGAGGAAGAUGAGAGCUUGAGCCCUCAGACGGAAGCCCCAAAAGAUAUCGUGCCACCAUCUCCACAUCCAGAACUGACUGCCCUGCCUUUACAAAACCCUAGUGCCUCUGCUGAGAAGGACAGUGAUGUCUCCAGUGCUUCAGUCCCAACUAUUGUUAUCUCCCAAUAUAAUUCUUGUUCAGAAACGCCUGAGAAGGCGGAACCCAAAAAGGAGCCGCUGUCUGCUGCUGACCCGGACUCUUCAAAAGAAAACUGUUCCCAAGCCAUAACAGAAGACUCUGAUAAUCCCUUAACCUCUCACUUUAAAACUAUGUUCAAAGGACUGACUCGUUCCAGGUCACAAGAGUCUCUGGUCUCGACAAGAAACGGCAGUGAUGAAGACCCGCCGGAUUCAGACUCCACGCCACACAGAAGACAAAUCGGAGGCAUGCAAGGGGAGAGCGCAGAAGCCCUGUCUUGUGUAAGGUCAGAUAAAAAGGAGAAACUAUGUUUCAAGAUGUCAAGUGGAGUGAACAAGGCUAAAGGGAAGGACCAGGGGACUUCACCAAAAGGGGAGAACUCCCAGUGUCAGAAGAGUCAAGUCGGCAGGGAGCAGCUGGAGGCGACCAAAGCCAUAUUUGAUCUGCUGAAAGAAAUAUCAGGGAACUCCAUCCUUGUAAACAUAUUUGAUGCCAUUUUGAAACCUGUUAUGCCCAUCCUAAAAAAAAAAGUGAACUCGUUCCUAAACAAGAUGAACCCAACAGAAGUGCAGAUAGCCGCAUACAUCGACACCCUGCGUGAAAAACAGUGGCCGGAUUUUCAACCCGCAGCACCACCUCCUCUUCCUCCUCCUCGCACCGAUCAGCAGAAGAACGAGACCAGGGAUAAAGCUCACAAUCUGAUCAAUGCCAGAUAUUCAAACUAUCUUAUCCUGAAGAAGACAGAUAUGGAGUCUGUUUUUAACAUAUUUCAGGACGGUGAAAAAAACAAAUGUCUGGUGUAUAUGCUCCUGUCAUUCCUAUUGAGGGAAUUCUUUCCCAAUGAGCAUUCCCUAAAUGUGAGUGCCACCGCCCUGCAGAAAGUGACCAACUCCACCAACUGAUCUGAAUCCUUGAUUGGGUCUUUAAUGGUACUUUUUUGACAUUUUUUUUUAAAACCUCAAAUUAUUUAUUAAACAUCUGAAAAUGC